UGGCGCACCAAGUUGUGAUGCUAAAAUAAUAAAAUGUUUAUACUUCUGAAAAUAGAAUCAACCUUCUUAAAUGGUAUACUUAUUAGUUAAUAGUUAAAGCCAUACAUGUUGACUUGUUUGCUGUCAUGUGUCGGUGAUAUUUUCAGUGUAACAUUGUGUAGUCUGGUUGCCCAGAGACGGCCUGAAGCCGUUGCUAUGGAAACCGGCCUAGCGACACCAGUUCGCUGAGCAUACUGGAGCUUUACGAUAUUAUUGCAGGAGCACCAUGUCCAAACAUCCCGAGAAGCCUAGCGUGCACUACAGUGUGCCAGAGUGGUGCAACAACAACAACCAGCUGUCUACCACUGCACAAAUUGAGCAGCAGCUUUCCAAUGUAAUCCGCCAAGAGAGCAGAUCCCUACGCAAUGACACUAACUGUAAGACAUUGUGGGAUGAGAGUGAUACCUCCAGCAGGUUGAGUGAUCGGAUCUGGGAGGUUGCAAGAUGGAAAGAGCUGCUGGUAUCAUGUGCACAGAAAGUGGAUGAAGAGAUGGAAGCACUAACAUUGUCUAAAACCCGGACAGAGGAGACCUUGGCUGCCACUGCUGUUCCAUUGGAGGUCACCUUGGAGAGCCUUACCCUGAGAGAGGGUCGGCCAGGACUGGAGUUGGUCAACGACACAGUGGAGGAGCAGCUAAAAAACGAAGUGUACGUCAUCGAAAGAGUGCAGCAAGUUCUUCAGCAGCACAUCGACGAAGCCUUUGAGCAGCUCUGUAUUUUGCAAAAAAUUCGACAGCAGCUAACUGCGGACCUCCAAAACAAGAUGGAAACUCUGGAUAUUGACACGUCCUGUCUGGCACUCACAAUAACGUCCUCCCAGAUCUCUCUGAAGCCCAAUCCUACUCGAAUACCUGCAGGCUCCAGCACACCACACGAGUGGAUCAGAUUCAGCCAACUGAAUUUGGCUCGGGCCCAGGAGGCAAUGCGGCUGUCCCAGCAGAUGAGGGACGACAUGAGUCUCUCCAGAGUCAAUAUGCAGAAUGAUUUGAAGAAGCAGCAAAGAGCCACAGAGUUUGCACUUCGUAAGCGCCAUCACCAAGAACAACAGGCUUCCAGUGAGCUUCAGUGGCAGUUGAAAAACACUGAAGAUGAGAUAUCAGAGAUGGAGAGUGACAUCUUCAGACUGGAUGCCGAUUUGCAAGGCAAGAUGGCCCCACUAAAGUUAGCCCACACCAGACUGGAGAAUAGAACCUACAGACCAGGCAUGGACCUGUGCAGAGAUGAGGCACAGCGUACCCUAGUUGAUGAAGUCAAUCAGCUGCAGGCUACGAUUGCCACUUUGAAGAAGCAGCUGUGUGAAGCUCAACACUCAUUGCAGAGGCUGAAGCUCAAUCACAGUAAACUGUUAGAGGAUCUCUCCAGGAAACGAGAAGCCUUGGCUCUGGAGCAACGUUGCAUAAACAUUCGAAGCCGCCUCAUCCCAAUAUUACAUGGCGAUGACACCCCGGUACCACUGGUCCUGCUCACUAACUCUAGUGGAAGGAGCACCCAGCAUCUUAUAGCUCAAUAGGAAUUUGCAGUCUGAAGCAAAUUUGACUAAUCUACCGAGAGGAUUGUGUCAUUUUCAACUUAGAUUUGGUGGUACAUGUGGCUUUAUAUAAAAAUAUUUGCAAUAUAGACAGUAUUUAACUAAGAACUUCCAUCCUCUUGAAAAUCUGUGUGCCGUGUUACUAAUGCAUCGAGUAGAGUGAUUCGUCUCUGAACUCGAUAUUUUUUUAAAGCUUUCUCUGGCAUCCAUCAAGAUAUGUCUGGCAUCUAAGUGUAUUCAUACUCACGUUUGUGUAAGGUCAUUUUAUUGUCCUUUAUCUUUUUAAUGGUUGUGUUUGGCUCUGUCAUGAUGUUUGACCAUCGGACGCUGUUUAGAGCAUAAAGAUAAUAAUGUGAACAUUGACUCAAGUAUUGUAAAAAAUAGGUCUGAACAGGGUCAUUUGCAAAUUGGUUAUUUGUAGGGAUGUCUGAUAAUUAUCGGUACCGUAAUCGGUAUUU